AUGCUACACAAUGACCCAUCCAGUUACGUCCAGUUGGGGGCGUACUCCCCCAUCGUCCUCCUCAACACCCUACUCUUCUUCUGCUGCAAGUACUUUGGCUUCACCACAGUGGAGCAGCACCGCCAGCUGUCCUUCACCCAGCUCACCUGCUGCACCAGAACCAACCUGAACCACACCCGGACCACUUCCCUGCGCUUCUACCCGCCCACAUCCACUGAAGCUCAGCCAGACGGAGUUCCUGCUAAAAAACGUAAGAAAGACAACGUGGAGAUUGUCCUGGAGAUGAUGGAGAACCUGGAGAACCCGCUCCACUGCCCGGUCAGACUCUAUGAGUUCUACCUCUCCAAGUGCUCUGAGUCGGUGAAGCAGCGCAGCGACUUGUUUUUCCUUCGGCCAGAUCGCUGCUGUGUUCCCAGUAGCCCCCACUGGUUCUCCUCUUCCCCACUGGAUGGCGACACCAUGGAGGCCAUGCUCACUCGACUCCUCACAGUCCGAGAGCUGCAGGACAGAAGGUAG